CUAUAUAUAUAUAUAUAUAUAUAUAUACGGCCCAGAGCGACUCCCCAUUUUCAAAGCUCGUCACGGAAUUCAUUUGUCUAAUUUAAAUUCGCUCCUCCGGUCAGGCCCAUUUAUUUGACCCACCAAACGCGGCGGCCGGGAAAAUGGGGAGAGGCAGAGCCAUGAUGUUAUUAAUGGGGUUGGCGGCGGCGCUGACGGUGGUAGCGGUGGUGGAGGCCGCCGCGCCGAGGAAGCCGGUGGACGUUCCCUUCUCGAGGAACUAUGUCCCCACCUGGGCCGCUGACCACAUCAAGUACAUCAAUGGCGGUCAAUCGGUCGACCUCGUUCUUGAUAGGAACUCUGGGACGGGGUUCCAGUCGAAGAACUCGUACCUGUUCGGGCAUUUCAACAUGAGGAUGAAGCUGGUGGGAGGGGACUCGGCGGGGGUGGUGACGGCUUUCUACCUGUCGUCGAACAACGCCGAGCACGACGAGAUAGACUUCGAGUUCCUCGGGAACCGGACGGGGCAGCCCAUCAUCCUCCAGACCAACGUCUUCACCGGCGGCCAGGGCAACCGCGAGCAGAGGAUCUACCUCUGGUUCGACCCCACCACCGGCUUCCACGACUACGCCGUUCUCUGGAACAUGUACAUGAUCGUGUUCCUAGUGGACAACGUGCCCAUUAGGGUCUUCAAGAAUUCAAAGGAUUUGGGCCUCAAGUUCCCAUUCUACCAGCCCAUGAAGCUCUACUCGAGCCUGUGGAGCGCCGACGAUUGGGCCACGAGAGGGGGGCUCGAGAAAACCGAUUGGUCCAAGGCCCCAUUCAAAGCGUCCUACACGUCCUUCCACGUCGACGGGUGCGACGCCACCUCACCGCAGGAGGUCCACGUGUGCAACACGAGCGGGAAGCGGUGGUGGGACCAGAAGGCCUUCCAAGAUCUCGACGCCGAGCAGUACCGGAGGCUCCAUUGGGUUCGCCAAAAAUACACCAUUUACAAUUACUGCUAUGAUAAGGCCAGAUACCCCACAGUUCCUAUUGAGUGUGCCAAGUACAGAGACAUUUAACAUGGAUAUGGUUCACUUGAAUUGGGUCCAAAUCUUCUUCAAUUUCUUCUUGUGUUUAGUGGAAUUGGGCUCAUGUUUGUAUGUUUGUAUUGGAAAACAAUGUGAUGAGUGGGGAGUGUAAUCUUAUUUAAUUUCUAUUACAAUAUUGUUUCUAUACCAUGAUCCAUGUGUGUGUGAGAUCAAUAUUUUUAUGUAAUUCCUUUGAUUUAUGGUAAUUCAUAUCAAUUAAUAAUGAAGUGUAUACAUUUAU